AUGGCUCAGCAGGCAUCCUCGUCCACGACCAAGACUUCGGCCACGUACUUGGUUCAAACCCAUACCACUCUUGUCAUGGCGGGUCAACCGCCGAAAGUGUCCUGGAAAAAGGUUGCGCAGUAUAUCUGGGCGAACGGGGGAUCGUACCAAUUUGGCAACGCCACUUGUAAGAAAAAGUGGUGUGAUAUUCAUGAUAUCAAGGUGUAA